AUGAAGAAAGGUGUGCUCACAAACGUGUGGCACAUCCCAAAGUUAUCCAGAAACCUGUUCUCGGUCGGCCGCUUCACCAAGGAUGUCGGCCCAGUGACGUUCACGAAGGAUGGGUGCUAUGGAGAAGCGAAAGGGACCAAGUGGAAAAUUGGUGCCCGUGAAGGUAAAGGACUGUUCAAGCUGCAAAUGACUCCAGUGGCGCCGGAACAAGCAAAUGCAGCCAAGUCGUCGGGAUGUCAAGGGGGCACCAAGUCGUACCUCUGGCACCUUCGGCUUGGCCACAUAGGUCACGAUGGACUCAAUUGCAUCGUGACGAAGAACAUUGGAAUUGGCAUCGACAUAUCUUCGGUGAAGAAGUGGGACGUGUGUGAAGGUUGUGCUCUGGGAAAACAGACUCGAGUGCGCUUCCAAUCAAACACUACAGCUCGCACCUCCAAACUCCUCGAAGUGAUUCACAGCGACGUAUGCGGACCGAUGUCGAUGGCAACUUUCAGUGGAAAACGGUACUUCGUGACAUUCAUUGAUGACAAGUCAAGAUACUGUGUCGUCUAUCUGCUCAAGAGCAAAUCUGAAGUUGCGGCGAAGUUCAUGGAAUACGCUGCGAUGGCCGAAACGCAAACCGGAAAGCGCGUGAAGUACCUUCAAAGCGACAAUGGGGGUGAAUACAAGUCCGACAAGCUGGCACGAUUCUGCGCGGAACGGGGAAUACAACAAAGGUUCACACCCCCAUAUACUCCUCAGCUAAACGGAGUAGCUGAGAGAAUGAAUCGCACGCUGGUCGAGUGUGCGCGUUGCAUGAUGGAACACGCUGGACUGGGAAAGAGCUACUGGGGUGAAGCAGUGAUGACGGCGAUGUUUCUUCGAAACCGCUGUCCAACACGUGCCAUUCACCAAGACAAGUCUCCAUAUCAAGUGUGGACGAUGAAGAAACCGAUUCUGGCCAACCUUAAAGUGUUUGGAUGCCACGCGUAUGUUCAAGUGCCUCAAGACAAACGCGCGAAGUUCGACUCCAAGUCAUCACUCUGUCGUUUCCUGGGAUACGCCGAACACCAGAAGUCAUAUCGAUUUGAGGAAGUGUCAACAGGAGCGAUCAAGAUCAGUCGCGAUGCCACAUUCAUGGAAGACAAGUUUGAUGAAGGUCCGCGCAACUACAACGAUGAGUCAAGUGUCGUUGAGUUUGAUGAUCAUGAUGAGGACGAAGAAAAAGAAGAAGGUAAAACUGACGACGACAUGGACUCGAGCGACGAUGACAACGAAGACACCAGGUCUUCGAAGAGCAACAUCAAGAGACACACGCGCACUCAAUCACUUGAGAAAGCUACCGUCAUUCCAAGUCCCAAGCGAAGAACAUACAGAGGUCCGUCGCUUGAGCAUGUGUCAGCGGCUGCAAUGGAUUUUGAAGCAGCCUACAUCGUUGAUUCAGUGGGAAACGCCGACUACAUUCAAAGAAACGACACGUGGGAAAUCGUGCCUCUUCCGAAAGGUCGCAAGGCCAUCGGGUGCCGAUGGGUUUUUCGUGUAAAGGAGAAUCAAGAUGGCGAAGUUGAACGUUUCAAGGCAAGACUUGUGGCCAAAGGAUUCUCACAGGAAUUCGGAGUUGACUAUGAAGAAACUUUCGCACCGGUGGCCAAGUUCACAUCGAUUCGUGUGGUGCUCAGUAUGGCGGCUAAGUACGGCCUAAUGCUACAUCAGAUGGACGUCAAGACAGCGUUUCUUAACGGCUCCCUCAACGAAGACAUCUACAUGGACCAGCCGGACGGAUACCUGGAUGCAACACAGCCGGACUAUGUGUGCAAGCUAAAGAGAUCACUCUACGGCUUGAAGCAAUCGCCUCGCAUGUGGAACCAAACAAUCGAUGGGUUCAUGAUCAAGAUGGGAUUCAAGAAGUGCGAAUCGGACCACUGCAUCUACAUCAAGCGAGACGACCAAGACAUGAUUCUCGUGGUGCUCUACGUCGAUGAUCUCAUCCUGGCCAGCAGCAACAACGAACUCCUCAAGUCAACCAAGAUGGCGCUGAGCAAACGCUUCGAAAUGACGGAUCUCGGUGAGCUCGAUUACUUUCUCGGCAUGGAGAUCAAGAACGACCGUAAGACGGGAAUGGUGACUGUACAACAAACCAAGUUUCUCAAGUCCGUGUUAACCAAGUUCGGAAUGGAUAACAGCAAGCCAGUGAAGACGCCUCAAGAUCCCGGCCUGAAGCUAACCAAGAACAUGUGUGAACAAGAAUGCAAGCACGAAGACACCAUGUGCAACGUGCCAUAUCGAAGUGCUGUCGGAGGCAUCAUGUAUCUCAUGGUCGCCACACGUCCGGAUCUAGCUGCUGCAGUGGGAUCAUUAUCCCAGUUCUCGUCCGACCCAUGCCCGACUCACUGGCAAGCUUUGAAGCGUGUGCUGAGAUACCUGCAAGCAACGCCCAAUCAUGGUCUUGAGUUUACACGUGAAGAAGGAAGCCGUAUCUGCGGGUACACCGACGCAGACUGGGCCGGCGACAUUGAGUCAAGACGAAGUACAAGCGGCUAUGUGUUCAUGAUGAGCGGAGGAUGCAUCAGCUGGAAAAGCCAGAAACAACGGACGGUCGCGCUAUCUUCAACAGAAGCAGAAUACAUGGCGCUUUCCGAAGCAACCAAAGAAGCAGUAUGGCUCAAAGUGCUUUUGGGGGAACUUGGUGAGAUGACAAGCGACGAAGCGAUCAAGAUGUAUGAAGACAACCAAGGAUCAAUCGCUCUCGCCAAGAACCCGGAGUUCCAUAAGAGAACAAAACACAUCGACAUACGCUACCAUUUUGUGCGUGAGAAGGUGGAAUCAGGUGAAGUCGUUUUGGAGUAUUGCCCGACUCAAGAUAUGCUGGCAGACAUGAUGACCAAGCCGAUCGCCGCUGUACAAUUUGAAAACAUUCGCGAUCGACUUGGGAUCCAAGGUGCCGCAGCUAACGAGUCGAGAGGGAGUGUUGAAAAGACAGCGGCUGUGAAGAAGACACCUCGUCAAGCUGCGUCAAGUGUUGAAGCAAGUGGAAGACCAAGCUUCGCUAUACCGGUGGGUACCGGUAUGUACCAGUAA